CAUCAACAACAUGGUGUUGAUGGUUGACAUGGCCAAGAUUGGUACCCCGGUAUUAUUGAAGCACAACACCAAGGAAUGCGGCCCUUUGAAAGGUGUACGUCACAGGCUACCCGCCCUUGAUCGAUUCGGUUGGAUAGGGGGAUGUGUCGGGCCCGUGCAUUCGACUGCUAACAAAGGGAGUCGGUCGCUUCAGCCAGGACCCAAACCAUGCCACGCUGACAUGACGAAGAACAGAUACCUACUCGCACUUUACAACGGUGCUGGACCGCUAAUUCCAAACUUUUAUUUCGACGAAGCCAAUCAAGACUCAAGGCCGCGGGUAUUCCAGCCACUGUGGGAAGACACAGGUGGUACAGGGAUCGGCCGGUCACGAGGAUUGGAGGUGAAUAUCCAAAACAACAAUUUGACCCAGUUCGCUCUCGAAGCUCGUUUGUGGACGCCCUAGACCUACACAACCGCCCCAAACAUGUCGUCACGCAACCGCAACUCCCGCGGGCCAAACCGCAACAGUGGCAGCACGCAGGGGGAAGAGGCGCAUCUAUGGAGCCAGAUCAAGGACGACAUGCGGGCCAUGAUUGACGGCGUGAAUAGCAGCAAUGACUCGCUCCGCGCCAUUGUGGCCCAGGACAACUACCUUGCCAAGAAUAAGGACAGCAUUGACAUGGCCGCCGAGGAACAGAAACUCGACGGCCUGCUGCGCAGCGGAGUGAAAGGGUCCGACACCUCCAAGCAGCAAAUAGACGCCCUGAUCGAGCAUGUCACGGUUCUGAGAGCGCUGGUGAAGGCGAGGGAAGACUCCGAAGCACAAACAGCCGGGGCUCCGACCUCUUCCGGCCGCGAGAGGCCGGGCCUGCUGUCUGCGACAGGCAGGUCGGCGUCAGUGCGAGGGGCUAGUGCACGCGACAAGGAGCGAGAGAAGGAUCGGGAACGGGACCGUGAUCGCGACCCGGGGUCGGUCUAUGAGUUCGACGGGUCUGGGGAUUCUCCAGUGCCAUCACCAGUGGGGAGGAAGGUGGGAGGCAGCGUGGGCGGGAGCGACCGCUCAGCAAACCGGGACAGCGUCCCGCCACGAGGCGGAGACCGCGAUACGCCCGGAAAGUCCGACAGCGUGCCCCCUGAAUCCAGCUUCACCGCAGCGCAGCGGGCCAAGGUCACCUUCUUCAAGGGACAGGACGUGGUUUUCAAGCCGAAGCCGGUGACUACUACGGACACCACAGAGUGGAUGCUCGGCAAGGUGCAGCAGGUGCUGGGCGAGGGCAAAUCACGGAGGUACAAGGUGCAGGACGCCGACCCGGACUUGCCGCCAGACCAGCGUGUCGAAUACCGCACGAGCGCCAGCAGCAUGAUCCCAAUACCGGCGCCGGGCGUCGAACUGGAGGAUCUCGAAAAGGGCAAGACAGUGCUGGCGCUCUAUCCCGACAGCACCACAUUCUACAAAGCCGAGGUGAUGGGGACUGAUGCCGCCACAGGGAAGGUCAGCCUGCGGUUCGAGGGCGAGGAGAACAAUGUGACGCUCCAACUCGUCGACAGGCGAUUUGUUGUAGAGUACAGAAACUAAACAGAUGAGUAUGAUAACGGACGCAUGUGACCACCG